AUGUCACUCACUCGAGUCGACCCUAAAGAUGUUUACUUUACGUUUUCUCGGCUCAGACCAAAGUUCUCCUGUGGUCGUCGUAUCGAAGAUACCCUAAACGCUAUCCGCAACAAAGAGCUUCGUGCCGAGGACCUCCCACCCAUCAGUGUCUUGCUUGAUCCUACCACUGGCGACAUGUUUAGCUUGAACAACCGUCGAUUAUUUGUUUUCAAGACACUGCAAGCCGAAGGGCUGUUGGAAACAGUACCAGUUAGAACAAAACCGGUGCCUCAAACAAAGCGCAUGAAGGAUAAAUACACAUCGGACAAGUGUGUAAAGAUGGCGCGACUGAUGGCGGAGAGGGAAGCUGUAGAGGCUUUGGACCCGAAUACGACAAUAGAGGGCACAAAUAGUGAUGGUGAAGAAAAGUAA